AUGGGCCGCACCAAGAACCGCAGCAAGGCCAAGUCGGCGUCGGCGAGGACUCGCGUCGAGAAAGGUCAAGAUGGAGCGAGCGAGCCGGCUGUCGAGGUCGCACACCGCGAGAACGAGUCGAGCCUUGCCGCCAAGCUCCCGGUCAAGGUCCUCGAGCGUAUCAUCAACAUCCUGUGCCCGUCCACUUUCGGCUUCGAGGACUGCAAGGGAGCCUUGGAGGACUGCCGCAUCAAGCACGACGCCCUCAGCUUCGCCCUCGUCUGCACGAGCUGGCGAGAUGUCGGCCUCGCUCGGUUCUGGCAACGCGUGUCGGUCCCGUCGCGCGGUCCGAUUCAGGCGUCGAUACUCGCGGCCCGCAGCCGGCAAGGGCUCGUGCGCGAGUUGACGGUCACGUCGACCGCCGCGCCCCGCCAGGCCACCUUGUCGCGCAUUCAAGUCGACACGGCGUCAGCAUGUGUCGGCCAAGAUCUGCAGGCGCUCCUCAUCUCGGGCGCAAAGGCGUUCGAGCUCGUCCUGCCUGCGCUCUCGGCGGGCAGGUUCUCCUCCCUGGUCGACCUGCGCGUCUGGAUGUACGAAGCAGACCCUGCCGACGUCCAGCAGGUCUACAAGGCCUUCGCGCACCUGCUCGAGCUCAAGGAGUUCGACUUCCUCGUCCAGUACCGGUCGCCGAACGGCACUUUGUUAAGGCCGCGCAUGCCCGGACCUCGUCGGCGACUCUCUCGGCUCGCCGUCCGCUUGCACCCUACCUCGACCUCGUCGAACUGCUACGGCCGCAUCGAGCUGAGCGUCCUCGCCGGCCUCCUCUACGUCGCCGAUCUGUCGGGCUUGCGCGAGCUGAGGCUCAACUACAGCGUCUCGCACGCCGUUCCCGCACAACUCGCGCCGCACCUGCGCCACCUUCGCAUCCUCCGCCUCGUCGUCGCACCAGUCCUCUUUCCCUCCCUGCCCGCCGCCCUCACCUCGAUCCUCGCCGACCUGCCCAACCUCGUCGCCCUCGACGUCGAGAUCGCCAUCUUCCUCAGCCGCGACAUCGGCACCAUCCCGCCCUCGGACGCCGCCGCGCUCCUCGCCGCCCUCCCCCUCUCGCUCGAGGUCGCCCUCGUCGAGCUCGACUUUACCCAGCCCGGCUCGGCCGCGCACCUCGCCGCGUUCCUCGAGCGCCGCCUCGCGUCGGGCGUCCUCAAGCGUUGGACGAGCGUGCGAGGGACGAGGCCCGACGCGACGCUCAAGACGACGUGGCGGCGGUACGGCGGCGGCGGCGAGGACGGCGAGGACGGCGGGGCGAGGUGGGAGACGGAGGACUUUGAGGAGUCGGACGCGUCGGCGAGGCUCGUGUAA